CCAGUGUUUGCUUUCAGCGUUUGUUUAGCAGCAAAAUGACAGCGGGGCUGGUGGCUGUCGGUGAGAUCUGCUCGCUGGUAGCUUCGGCUGGUUAAAGACCGAGCUGCUUCUCAGAGAGCUGAGCGGAUAAAGCGAGUAUUGGUUAAUUUGCAGAGCGCGUCUGUAAAGGUGAAUGUUCUGUGUGGUUUCCCUGUCUUUUCGUGUGUGUGUGCACCUGGGUUCUUUCUGUCUGCAGUGCAGUUUAGCCCGAAGUUCAAUUUCUUGAUGUUCACUGUGAUAACAUUUCUGUAUCCAAAACAGCACGGGGAACGUUCCCAGCUGUUCCAACCUGUUUGCUUCAGAAGCUUUUGACGUGGAAAAUAUCCAGGGAAUGGCUCUGGUUAAUAAUAAGUUGCCAUUUUAAUAGGUGCCUUUUGCAGAGGUGACUGGUGCAGUAUGUACGUACACUGUAAUGCAGUUGCUUUCACCCCCUAAAUACUUCCCUGCUGCAAUUCUGUAUGUUUAUUGGAGAUGGGUUUGGUGUGUCUGCUUUCCUUUUUUUUUUAAUUAUUUUACUUUGCAUGAACUGAGGCUGAAAAUACUUCUGUAAGCACUUGUGAUCUCUUUGCAUUGAGUAAAAUCAGCUUUAUAAUUUUUAAUUUUUUCAAUUCUACAAGCGCGUUAUUAAAACAAACACAGAAACCUGCACCCAAUUUAUCUGCAUCUCAUGCAUGCUCAAAAAUAGAAUACUAUCUUGAAACACUGUGAUUGAGUGCCCUUAUCAAUCUGCAGAAGUAUGUUUGCUGGCUGUCCCACGAAUGAAUGACUUCCACGUUUGGCUCUGCUCCUGUUUGCUGCAGCUAGGAAGCCAUGAAUGAAAAUGUGUAUUUCUGAAAUGGAAGUAAUGCCAACUUCCAAAAGAUUCCUGUAUGGGAGGUGUGUGGGACAUGUUGUGUACCUGCUGGGAGGAGUGAUGAAUCAAAUUGCCUUGGGUAGCAGAGUAAAAGCUCAGGUUUAAGAAACUUACUUGUCAGAUGUACUUUUCCCUCUUGAGUGAUGGGCAGCCUUCUUAUUCAAUGGGUUUAGCCUCAAAAUAGUCUCAGAGCCUUAAAUUAUGUCAAUAUUUACAAUCUUAUGGCAUUUAGCUUUACAUCAGUUUGUAUAUCUGAAAUAACCUAAGUCCUGCCUAGGGCUCGGGGUAGGCUGGGUGCCCAGCACAGUGGGCUCCAGAGGAUGUCUGAAUACAUAGAGCUUGUGUGUUGUGAUUCACAAAUCCCUCUCUGGGUCUUGUCUAAAGAGCUUAUCCUGGUCUUUAAACUGUUUUCAAGUAAUGACUUUGUACAGACAAGAUUUCUUAAAGUGAGGUUUCUUUAGUUCAGGAUCACUUCCUUUUCCUCUGCUUCUUUAUCACUUACAGAACAGCAGUGAUCCUCAUUAACCUCUGAAGAAGUACCAACUUAGAUCCCACAUAACUAACAUGUUUCAUUUGAUUUCCAGUGUAAUCCACAUCUAUACUUUUUUCCCCCUCUUUAAGCCCUUUUCAGAGAGAGAAUCUUGACCUUUUCCUUAGUCUUGUCUUUCCAGCUCUGUCUGUCUUUCAGUAUUUGGAGAUGUACAGAAAAUACCAGGGCUUCUCAGGGGUUGUUAAUCAAAGAUUGUGGUGCAUCAGUGUCUAUAGCUCUGGAGUGAUAAAAGACAGGAAGGAAGAAGGGCUACUUACUGUCUAAAUAACUGCUGGAGGUGACCAGAUUGAGUAUUUACUUUGUAAAAUGCUGCUUAGAUUUUGAGAUACUAGAAAUUAAAGAGGACUCCAGAUAUUUCUUCAGAACGCCUUAAGACUAAUUGUUACCAUUUUGACUUUAGUCUCCGUUAGCAUUUGCAGCUUUACAUCUUUUUUCCUUGUAUGUUUCCUGUGUUCCUGUGCCCAGGCCAUGGAGAAGACACUGAUCCAUCCUGCUGCCAGCUGGGAAGGGAGAGGCCCAUAUUCUAAUUCCUGAAGCUACUAGAAGCUACUCAUAUAGCUCUGUGCCUUUCCAGGAUGUGCUUCUGGGUUGCUGUCAAGGCUUUUCUGCUUUGCAUGGGCUCGCCAAUGUUCUGUAGACUGGUGAAGAGGGAGAGUAACUGCUCUUUCUUUAGCUACAAAUGAUGCAGGACAGCCGGGUGGUUGGGCCAGCUGCUUGUAGGGAGGUGAUCUGCUUUCAUUUCCUGUUUUGGGGAACUGUUGGCUGUGCAGUUCAGUCUGGGCUGUAAUGGCACUAUCUGUCAUGAUGCAUGUCAAAUUAAAAAUUGGAGAGUUUUUCAGAGACAUCUUUGGUUAUCACUGAGGUAAUUGUCAUAAAGCGUGGAGGGAAGACGGAUGCCUGGGAAAGCAAGGCCUGUGCUCUCGCUACUGUAGUGAUUUGGAAUUGAAGAGGUGUAGUCCACUACCUCAAUCUCAGGUGUAAUUACCUACAUCUAAUUCAUUACAGACAGUUUUUAGUGUAGCACCAACAUCCAGUGAGGGAGAGCCUGUAACUUCCUUAGGGAAUCUUAUCUAGCACUGCCUUUGCAAAAAGGGCUUUGUUUCCCCUCCUUCCCUUCAUAUCUUCAUAAUCAGAAUCUUCAUAACUCACUGCUAAUCACCACAUCCAUUGCGUUCAUACAUCAUUUCAUUCCUUCUUUCUUUGGUCUUUUGUGCACUUCCUCCUCUCAUCUGUUUCCUGUAAGUAACCCAGUUAAUGAGAUGACUUGUCCUCCUAGGCCUUGAUCCUUGCUGCCCUCUGGACUCAGUCUUUCAGAAUGUCCAGUCGCAGCUGUGAGAGCAAGGCAAUGAGAGAGGUGAACUGCAGUGUAACUUCCUGGAUGGAAUUGCUUUUUGUCUGCAGUUUGCUUUUGCCUUCAUUAAAGGGGAUUGUUAACAUACAAACAAAACAGUCCUUAAGCACUGUAGUGCGUUUGGGAUAAGGCUUACUGUUACAACGUGGCCAGUUCUUUCAAAUUUUAGUACCAACUCUCUUAAUUCUUGUAGGACUUGAAGAACACUAACUGUGGCAUGGGAUGUCAAUGUGUAUUAAAGACAGGAGGAAGGAGGGUGGGUGGUGAGCACAAAGUUAGGGAAGUUCUGAGUCCUGGAGACCUCCUACAAGGGUUGCCUGAGGGUAGUGGUGUUUGUUUUCACAGUUGUUUACUUAGCUGCUUUUUGUUUUAGGGAUUGGAAUGGAAAUGUUUGCUUACAGCUGGGAAAGGUCUUGAAGCCUGUACCAGGUUCUUGAGAGAGAAAACUACAUGACACUACACCAUGAGUGACAGUAAAUGCGAUAGUCAGUUUUACAGUGUUCAAGUUGCAGAUUCAACAUUCACUGUACUAAAACGUUACCAGCAAUUGAAGCCCAUAGGAUCAGGGGCACAGGGCAUUGUUUGUGCUGCGUUCGAUACAGUCCUUGGAAUAAAUGUUGCUGUAAAGAAGUUGAGUCGUCCUUUUCAGAAUCAAACCCACGCAAAAAGAGCUUACAGAGAGCUUGUUCUUUUAAAAUGUGUCAAUCACAAAAAUAUAAUUAGUUUAUUAAACGUAUUUACACCGCAGAAGUCACUAGAAGAAUUUCAGGAUGUAUAUUUGGUUAUGGAGCUGAUGGAUGCCAACUUGUGCCAAGUUAUUCAUAUGGAAUUGGAUCAUGAAAGAAUGUCUUAUCUCCUUUACCAGAUGCUAUGUGGUAUCAAACAUCUCCACUCAGCUGGUAUCAUCCACAGAGAUUUGAAACCCAGCAACAUAGUAGUAAAAUCAGACUGUACACUCAAAAUCCUUGAUUUUGGACUGGCAAGAACAGCGUGUACUAAUUUUAUGAUGACUCCAUAUGUAGUAACACGAUAUUACAGAGCGCCAGAGGUUAUCCUUGGAAUGGGAUAUAAAGAGAAUGUUGAUAUCUGGUCAGUUGGUUGCAUCAUGGGAGAAUUGGUGAAAGGUUGUGUGAUAUUCCAAGGCACUGAUCAUAUUGAUCAAUGGAAUAAAGUAAUUGAACAACUAGGAACGCCCUCAGCAGAAUUCAUGAAGAAACUACAGCCUACAGUGAGGAAUUAUGUAGAAAACAGGCCAAAAUAUCCAGGUAUUAAAUUUGAAGAGCUCUUUCCAGACUGGAUAUUUCCAUCAGAAUCAGACCGUGACAAGUUAAAAACCAGUCAAGCUAGAGAUUUAUUAUCAAAAAUGCUUGUAGUAGAUCCAGACAAGAGAAUUUCCGUAGAUGAGGCCUUACGUCAUCCCUAUAUUACUGUCUGGUAUGAUCCAGCUGAAGCAGAAGCUCCUCCACCUCAAAUUUACGAUGCGCAACUGGAAGAGAGAGAACAUGCAAUUGAAGAAUGGAAAGAAUUAAUAUACAAAGAAGUAAUGGAUUGGGAAGAAAGAAGCAAGAAUGGUGUGGUAAAAGAUCAGCCCUCAGAUGCAGCAGUGAAUAGCAACACCAGUCCUUCCCAGUCAUCAUCUAUCAAUGACAUUUCAUCCAUGUCAACAGAGCAAACAUUGGCUUCAGAUACAGACAGCAGCCUCGAUGCCUUGACAGGACCCCUCGAAGGAUGCCGAUGAUCAGCCAGGAUUGCAGACUUAUCUUUGGAAAAGAACUCUUGCUUCCAUUGGGCCUGAAUUGCUUGUAAGUUAAUGGAACAAAGUAGAAAAACUCCAUGUUCUGCAUGUUCUGCUAAAGUAAUGCCUGUUUUUAUGUUUACUCAGUUGUUAUGAAACUGCCUGCUUAAUGUUGUAGAAUGAAAGCAAAUCAAUGUCUAAGGAGCAAAAAAAAAAAAAAAGUUCAGACACUAUUACAGGCUUUUCUUUGUUUCAGCCUAUUUCAGGUGAGCAGUUAUAAUAGACUUCUAGCCAAUAACUUCUCUUGAGUGAGUUCAUGCAUCUUCAGUCCUAACUGGCAGGCUUUUGUGACAUCAAUGGUUGUUUACAUUUUAGUACAGUAUUGCUCAUUUGUAGGUUUUUUGAAUGUACAGUGUCUAUGAAGUUUGUUUUAAUGUGUGACUAUGGCAGUGUGCAUUAUUUAACGACUGGAGUGUUGUGUGUAAGUGUUAACUCGCAUGUUGAACACUCUCAGUACUGUGUUUAAAGGGCAGUUACUUUUCCAUAUAGCACUUUUUUGAGCCCUUUCUAUCUUCGCUUCCCAAUGGUUCUAUCUUCUUGUAGAAGAGAAAAACACAGUGUUGAAAGAGUAUAGCCAUACCUUCAUAUUUCAUCAAUGAAUAUCUGACUCUUUUCUAGUUAUUUAAACAUGGAUGGAAGAUACAGUGGCUUAGUUCAAUCUUAAGGAAGGAUGGGUGACAUUUGUGAGGCUGUGCCUGUUUAAAGGAGGGCAGAGUUCUAAAUUGUUUUGUAUUUUUUUAGCUCGUGAUACUGAUCCUUUAACUGAAACAGAAAAGGAAAUUACAUAUGUGAUGCUCUUCAUUCAGUGACAGGUGAAUUGGAGAGACUUGCAGUCUAAGUGGCCUGAAAAAGAGCUGCAUAAAUGUUUUCCAUUUUUUUAAAUGGGUCCAUUCUAUCUAGUGAGUAAUUAAAAAAAUAAAAAUAUAGUAGCUUUGAGUCAUUUGUCAAUUAAUUAUUUACUGAACAGAACUUAGCUGUAGUUCCAAAUUAAGAAAUCCUCUCUAUUUUUACUGGGAGAGGAAAACAUAAUAUAUUUAAUACGUACAUUUUCUAAAUACGGUGUCAGAGGAGAUUAUUUCUGUUCCAACACACUUUUCAAUGCAGUUUUCAGGACUGAAUUAACACAGACACCAUCUGUGCAAUGUUACAUUCUUAGAAAAUGUUUGUGAUAGAGUAGGGCUUGAAUUACCAGGUACUGCACACCUGUGAAUGUGUGCACAUCCCUUCAGAGCAGUACGCAGUUGUGUGAAGUUUUGCUAAAGGAUUUUGUGUGUGUGUGUGUGCGAGUGUUUGAGAUAAACCUGUAUGACUGUGACAGCGACAGAGAUGUGCAAGACAAGGUAAAACACCACUUUCUUAAAGGCACUGUAUUCAGCUGAUGAUCCAGAUACUGCUGACCUGAAUAUAUACAGAGAACUUACAGAAUGUGCUGGCAUAGCGAGCUGCUGCGUUAUGGAGAUGUGUAGUACACUCUUGUGGAAGAGAACUGACUCUUGUUUCUGACCUUAGGAUUUGAAAGCAGCAGUUUUUUCUAAUGCAGACGUUGCUUUCAUGUUACAAAUUGUACCUACAAGGUUUUAAAUAGCUUAAUUUGGUGUAGCAAAAAUACUGAGAUUUUGCUGUCCCAGAAAAGAGAAAUGCAAUGCAAUGCUAUUAUGUUAACUUGAGAAUGUUUAUCUGGAAUUAUGAUUAAAGAAAUCUGAGUUGUAGGACAUUGAGGGCUUGGGUUUUUAGCUGUUUGGUUUAAAACCAGUUUCUUUGGAUACUGAUGAUAUAUAUGGAAUAUUUUUAGUGCAUUUUUGUCACUGACAAAAAAAAAUAUAUCUAAAAUAGCUACUACUGUACAGCAAUACAGUACAUGUUGCUGUUCUUUUGUAUUUUUUUAAUCACUGUCAUAUGUGUAAGUUAAAAUUAUUAAAGACACCUAUUGAAAAUUGCCGUUAGUGAUUUCAGACUAGCUGUGGUUUUGUUCCCUUCCUCUUUAGCCCAUCAAAAGCUGCAACCACUAUGGAAUGAGACUAAAAACAAGCAAAAGAAAAAAAAAAACAAAAAACAAAAAAACAACAGAGAAGCUAAUAGUUGAAUUUCAGAAGUUAACUAUGCUUUACUGAUUGUUUCUAAUAAUGUUUUCAGAAGUUACCAGUGACAUAAUGGUGUUAAGCCAGUAGUUCUUUAUAAAGGGGUGGCUUUCCUGACAAUACAAGUUUAGCAUUCUCUUCAAAAACAGCAUCCUGUGAACAAUCAACAAUCUCACAUUGGUCAUCUGUAGUUUCUGCCUUCCUUUCUUAGAAGGCUGUCUGAAGUCUUGAGGAGUGGUAGAAUACAGCAUUUUAUACAUUUCAUGUUACACUUGAUGAAAAAGCUUUUUUGUUUGCAUGAACGUGAGGGACAAAGAUCUCCAGCAGUUUAUUAAUCUCCUGCUCUAACAACUGCAGAGCAAAUCUGUCCCAUUUACCUGCCUAGUAACUGACUAUGUCUCUUCCUACUUUACGCCAGAGCCCUCUGUAGAAGUCACCACCGUGCAUUUUGAUGUUCUUGAUUCACUAUGGCAGUAAUCUUAUGGAGUUUAUUAUUCAAGAUUUAUUUUUAGCAUUUUCAACUGAAGUUGCACUGUACUGCAGUCUUCAUUUUAACCUUUACUGUUUCAGAAGGUUCAAUGCAACAAAGAUUUUUCGUGUCAUUUAGAUACCAGAUGGCCUCCAGGUCUCUUCCAACCCAAAUGACUCUGUGAUUAUUCAAGUAGUUUUUUAAUGUUGUUGUUUGGUUUUGAACACAGAACAGCCCUAUCUGCAUGAUGUGAACUGAUAUCUGACCUUCUCCUGGUAUAUACUGUUAUCUCACAUGUUGUUUUGAGCAAAAUAAGCCCUGAGACUGAGCUUUUUUGUGAAUCUUCCUGUAAGAAAAGCGAUUCCAUACCUUAUGUUCAUAAUGGCUUCUUGCUGUCGCACAAUGUGCAGCUUCUAAAUUCUACCAAAACAUCAUUGCCUAUGGAGUAUGCAUGAGAUGAAAAGUCUAUGAGUAUUGUGGAUUUCCAGAAUAAUUGAAAACUGCUAAGAACCUGAAUAAACAUCCAGUUCUCAGAGAAGGCAGAUAAGCAGAUUAUAUUCAGCAAAACACAUGCAGAAUAGAUGCAUGCUGAAGUUCCCAUGCUGUUCCAUUGUGCACAUACAGACUGUACAUGCACUGCAUGCAGGCUUUACAUGUGGUUGUAUUCCUGGCUGCAGGUUAAGUUUGGUGCCACAUCUGUGUAAUGGUUGUGGAUGCUGGGAGAUCCCAUCACUGGUGGAAAGCAAAAUGCACAUGUAACUUCACAGGGGUUUGAAAGUAUAGAGAGUUUGGUGUGCAAUAUAAUCACUUUUAUUCCUAAUACUAAAGUCAUGUAUGUAAAGUGAUGCAAUUGACCAUUUUUUUUGCACUUUGACAUUUAUAAAUAUUUAUGUGUAUUUAAAGAUUAAGAAUGUGUCUAUGCAUAUGCAUAUAUAUAAUAGAAACCUGCUCAGUUUUGUAAACACAAAUGUUACCUUUCUAUAUGAGAGACUUUGUUUAGUGUUAACACUACUGCAGUGAACAUAAGCAAUUUAUGAAAUACAACUAAAAAUAAGUGGUGGUCAACAUAGAUGCAAUCUGUAAUCUUAACUGCUCACCUGAAGAGAAAAAAAAAAAAAAAA